CACCGCACUCCAACCUGGGUGAUAGAGUGAGACUCCCACUCAAAAAAAAAAUUCCGGGAGAAGGUAAAUCUUUUUUAUAACCACGAAAGUGGAAGUUGAGUAGCUAAAGUCAGAGGGAAGGAACACUUACUGGAAGGCCUCACUUGCUGGAUGCUCGCCAAAUAGCCCUUUUAGCUCCAUGACCUGGAUAAUGGUAGGGCUAGGAUUGCCUAAUGUCUGAGCAUCUGUCCUCUGGGCACAGUACCCGAGCAAAGGGGGAUAUGUACUUUGUUUUCUAGGACUGUUAAAAAAAUAGGAAUUUCAGAUACCCAAGAAGUAGUGAUUUUUGCUGAGAACCGUAGGCCUUGUGCUGGCACUUGAGCUGUGCUUGCCCGCUGGGGAGACGAGGUGUGUGCUGUACUUGUGGGUCCUGUCCUCACUGCAGAAACUGGUACAGUUGCCCAGAGGUGUGGCUAGGGGAAUGAGAAAUUGGCCUGUCUGGAAAGAGACAAGGCUUCGAGACUAGAUCUGACAUAGCGGGUGGUCUGGGACCCCCGUAUGGAUAUCCUCCAUAUGUCCACAUCUCUGAGCCUGUGAAAUGCCCCCUGCUUUCCCACUGAAAGGUAAAACUUCCAUGUGCUUGAGCUCUGAAGUUCUGUUUAUCUUACUGAGGAGUUCGUAAUCCUAGUUCAGCUUUCUUUCAGGUUUACUGGAUGAAAAGUCUACUCAAACACUCCUUAUAGCUCCAUUAUGAUCCACUGACUGUUUGUAGUUAACGUUUCUGCCUUCCCAACCCAGCUUACCUCUAGCAUGAACAGUGUGGGAGUCCCUCCUGCUUUUUGACCAUGAAGGAAACAGACCGGGAGGCUGUUGCGACAGCAGUCCAGAGGGUUGCUGGAAUGCUCCAGCGCCCCGACCAGCUGGACAAAGUGGAACAAUAUCGCAGGAGGGAGGCUCGGAAGAAGGCCUCCGUGGAGGCCAGGUUGAAGGCUGCGAUCCAGUCCCAGCUGGACGGGGUGCGCACAGGCCUCAGCCAGCUCCACAAUGCACUGAAUGACGUCAAAGACAUCCAGCAGGCACUGGCUGCCGUCAGCAAGGACUGGAGACAGAGCAUCAACACUAUCGAGAGCCUCAGGACCGUGAAGGAUGCUGUGGUGCAGCACAGCCAGCUCGCCGCAGCCGUGGAAAACCUCAAGAACAUUUUCUCGGUGCCUGAGAUUGUGAGGGAGACUCAGGACCUAAUUGAGCAAGGGGCUCUCCUGCAAGCCCACCGGAAGCUGAUGGACCUGGAGUGCUCCCGUGACGGGCUGAUGUACGAGCAGUACCGCAUGGACAGUGGGAACACCCGUGACAUGACCCUCAUCCACGGCUACUUCGGCAGCACACAGGGGCUCUCCGAUGAGCUGGCCAAGCAGCUGUGGAUGGUGCUGCAGAGGUCACUGGUCACUGUCCGCCGUGACCCUACCCUGCUGGUGUCAGUUGUCAGGAUCAUUGAAAGGGAAGAAAAAAUUGACAGGCGUAUACUUGACCGAAAAAAGCAAACUGGCUUUGUUCCUCCCGGGAGGCCCAAAAAGUGGAAAGAGAAAAUGUUUGCCAUCUUGGAGAAAACUGUGAUCACUAGAAUCGAGUGUACACAGGCAGACACCAGGGAGUCAGACAAGAUGUGGCUUGUCCGCCACCUGGAGAUUAUAAGGAAGUACGUCCUGGAUGACCUCAUUGUUGCCAAGAACCUGAUGGUUCAGUGUUUUCCUCCCCAUUAUGAGAUCUUUAAAAACCUCCUAAACAUGUACCACCAAGCACUGAGCACACGGAUGCAGGAGCUCGCGUCAGAAGACCUGGAGGCCAAUGAGAUUGUGAGCCUCUUGACGUGGGUCUUAAACACCUAUACGAGCGCAGAGAUGAUGGGAAAUGUGGAGCUGGCCCCAGAAGUGGACGUCAAUGCCCUGGAACCUUUGCUUUCUCCAAACGUGGUCUCUGAGCUGCUCGACACAUACAUGUCUACACUUACUUCAAACAUCAUUGCCUGGCUGCGGAAAGCACUGGAAACAGACAGGAAAGACUGGGUCAAAGAGACCGAGCCUGAAGCUGACCAAGACGGGUACUACCAGACCACACUCCCUGCCAUCGUAUUUCAGAUGUUUGAACAGAAUCUUCAAGUUGCUGCACAGAUAAGUGAAGAUUUGAAAACCAAGGUACUAGUCUUGUGUCUUCAGCAGAUGAAUUCUUUCCUGAGUAGAUACAAAGACGAUGCCCAGCUGUACAAGGAGGAGCACCUGCGGAACCGCCAGCACCCCCACUGCUACGUGCAGUACAUGGUCGCCAUCAUCAACAACUGCCAGACCUUCAAAGAGUCCAUCGUCAGUUUAAAAAGAAAGUAUUUCAAAAGUGAAGUGGAAGACUGUGCAUCUCUGAGCCAGCCGAACAUGGACGGGAUUUUAGAUGCCAUCGCGAAGGAAGGAUGCAGUGGUUUGCUGGAGGAGGUCUUCCUGGACCUGGAGCAACAACUAAAUGAGUUGAUGACAAAGAAGUGGCUAUUAGGAUCAAAUGCCGUAGACAUCAUCUGUGUCACUGUGGAAGACUACUUCAAUGACUUUGCCAAAAUUAAGAAGCCAUAUAAAAAGGGGUUUGGGGAAGACGUGGACGGACACUGUGACACCAUCAUCGCCGUUGCGGAAGUGAUCAAGCUGACAGACCCUUCUCUCCUCUACCUGGAAGUCUCCACUCUGGUCAGCAAAUAUCCCGACAUCAGAGAUGAUCACAUCAGUGCGCUGCUGGCCGUGCGCGGGGAUGCCAGCCGGGAUAUGAGGCAGACCAUCAUCGAGACCCUGGAGCAGGGCCCAACGCAGGCCAACCCGAGCUACGUGCCCAUCUUCAAAGACAUUGUGGUGCCCAGCCUCAAUGUGGCCAAGCUGCUCAAGUAGCCGCACCCAUCCUGCCAUGGCUGCUCUGCAACGCUGAACAGUCACUCCAGGACCACACGCGCAUCUCUUCUGGCGGGUCAGGGGAGGUGUGCAGGGUGGGCUUCCUGCAGGCCACAGGUCCAGAGGCUUCUCCUUGUGUUGCAAAGGCCCCUGUGAGCAGGACUCUGCACCUCCUCAUGGCAUGUUGCUUAGCUGGGUCCCAUGCCCCCUUCCCUGAUUAAAGAGUCUCGGCUUCCCCCAAGGAAUGAAA